AGAGUGAAUCAAGUAAACCUCACAAAUAUGGUGGACAAGUAAAUCUUUGCAGACGAAAAUAGUAAAAUAAUUUCGAAAUGUCGAGAGGAAAAGCAAUUGUUGUGAGGAUACAGAGCCCUGAAUCUGGUACAAAAAGAAUAGAUACUAAAGGCAAUGAAAGCAUUGCUGAAUUUCUAAACAAGGUUCAGAAGACCUUUGAACUUGGAGAUAUAGGCUGGACAGUUUACAAAACAAGAGAGAAAAAAGAUGCACUAAGAAAUUCCAGGGCAAAAACACUUGACUCAUACAAAAUAAAGCAUGGAGACAUGUUGUUUCUGUUCUCCCAGUCAACUCAUUCUGGGGCUGGUGAGCGACCAGGAAGCAGUGACAGUGUUGCCAUGGAUACAACUCCAUUUAAAGACACAGUGGUAGAAGAUGAAGUUGAUCAGCUUCUCUACAAGGAAGAUGGAAAAAUCUACAGGAAAAAAGAUGAGCAGUUAUGCCAUCAUGGUCCCUCAGGAAAAUGUUUACAUUGUGUUCCUUUAGAGCCAUUUGAUGAAACAUUCUUACAAACAUGUGAUCCCCCAAUAAAAUAUUUGUCAUUUCAUUCAUAUCUGAGAAAGCUGACAAGUGGAGUAGACAAAGGAAAGUUUGCAAACUUGGAGAAUGUGUCGUGUAAAAUAAAGGAAGGUUGUAAAGAGCAUCCACCAUGGCCAGGUGGUAUUUGUACCAAAUGUCAACCCACAGCUUUAACUUUAAACAGACAGCGGUAUCGCCAUGUUGACUAUAUCAUGUUUGAAAAUCCUAACAUCUGUAAUCAGUUCUUGAAUUACUGGCGUAAUACUGGGAACCAGAGGUUGGGUAUAAUGUAUGGCAGGUACGAGCCUCACAAGGACAUACCUCUAAGUAUUAAGGCUACAGUGGCUGCUAUAUAUGAACCUCCACAGAUCAACAGUAAGAACAAGAUAGAGUUGUUAGAGGAUCCUCAGGAGGAAGCAAUUCAUAGACUGACACAGAGGCUCGGUCUUGUCGCAGUCGGCUGGAUAUUUACAGAUCUUGUGGCAGAUGAUCUCACGACAGGAACAGUGAAAAACUUCAGAGGAAAUGUGGAUUCCCAUUUUUUGAGUGCUGAGGAAUGUAUAAUGGCAGCACAGUUUCAGAAUAAAUAUCCCAAUCCAUGUAAAUAUUCUAACGAUGGACAUUUUGGAUCAAAGUUUGUCACAGUAAUUGUUACAGGUGACCAGAGUGGUCAGAUACAUUUUGAAGGUUAUCAGGUGUCAAAUGUUUGUAUGGCGCUGGUGAGGGAUGAUUGUCUCAUACCAACUAAAGAUGCUCCAGAACUUGGUUACAUCAAGGAGUCAACAAAUGAACAGUAUGUUCCAGAUGUUUUCUACAAGGACAAAGAUGAGUAUGGGAAUGAGGUUACUCAGCUUGCACGACCCUUACCUGUGGAAUACCUCCUGGUUGACAUGGGGGCAGCAUUCCCGGUCGAGCCUCAGUUUACAUUUAAAACGUCAGACAAACCAUUCCCAAAGGAAAACAGAAACGCCACUGGCGAAGUUCAGGAUUUUAAUGCAUUGACCCAUUACAUGCAUCAGUUUACACCGGACAAAUUUUUUGAAGCUGUCACUGACUUUCAUCUCUUGUUGUAUCUCUCCACUACAGACAUGCUGCCUCUUAAAGAGAGGAUAUCCACGUUGCUUGAAGCUGUUAAAUCAGGAGAUGAGAGUAUUGCCCAUCAUUUCAAGAAGUCAGAAGAAUGGGCCACUGUAGAGGAGAUGAUGGCUGCUCAUGGCACUUCAUCACCGACGUUGACACGGGAGGGCUCGUACGUAGGUCCAGGAGCAUCACCACUGCCACCUAUUGGAUCCUCUGGAGGUCUGUGGACCUGUGCUCACUGCACCUUCCAUAACAAAUCUGAGAACCAGAACUGUGAAAUGUGUUCUCUGCCAAGACAGUAAAACUGUCUGGAAAAUAUAUUUAUUUAAAUAAAUCUAUUAUAAUACCCUUGGCCCUUUGUAUUGAAGGGCCGAUAGUGCUGUAAAGGGAUCACCUUGUCCCUUCACCUUUAAAUAUUACCAGAGGAAAACUGGAACUGUGAUUUAUACCUGUGUGAUGCAAAAUACGUCUGUGCCAAGUUCAAAACGGCGUCAGUAGAAAAAUUGGUUACAAUUUCUCUUUAAUAUUUGAGCCGUGCCAUGGGAAAACCAACAUAGUGGGUGUGUGACCAGCAUGGAUCCAGACCAGCCUGCGCAUCCGCGCAGUCUGGUCAGGCUCCAUGCUGUUCACCUUUAAAGCCUAUUGGAAUUGGAGAAACUGUUAGCGAACAGCAUGGAUCCUGACCAGACUGCGCGGAUGCGCAGGCUGGUCUGGAUCCAUGCUGGUCGCACACCCACUAUGUUGGUUUUCCCAUGGCGCAGCUCAUUUAUUGUUUGGCUUGCACUCAGUCAGUCCGUAAGUAAAAUAAGGUCAUUGGAACUACAUCUGCAGUGUAUCUAUAUUUCUUGGUCCGUUCGGGUCAUGGAAUCCAUCCAAUGUUUCUGUAUAACAGAGUUUCUGCUUAAGGCAUUGCUGGGGGGUGUGGGUGGGGACGUGAGGGGUGUUGCUCAUUUCAUGUCCUCUCGUAAACAGACUCGUCAAAUUGAGACUGCUAUCAUUUUGCUUUGUUGCAUUCUAUUCUUUCAAAGGAUUUUUUCCUAAAGUUUCAUUACAUUAUGAACCAAGACUUUGAAAUACUAGGUUAUUAUGCAGGAUAGGAAAUCACUUUGUUCGUACAUGAUAAACAGAAAUUGAUUGAAUUUCACAUGAAGCUUCAUUAUUGUCAUAAUGAAUCUCUUAAAAAAAAAUGCUGUUGAAGCAGAUACUUUGUUAUGAAUACCUCAACUGAUUUACAGUUCCCAUGUAGCUUUCAGUGAGGGAUGCAGCAAUAUGUUAUCAUAUUUGAGAACAUGGCCUUUGAGGUUUUAAUUUGGAAAACUAAUACUGUUUAAUACAUUGUUUCUAUUGAAAUGAUUGAUUCAAGAAAAUUUUCUUGAACUUUCACUUCCUGUUACCUUGUGUUCAUAGCAUAUUUCACAUAUGUUUGAAAUUUACAUGAAAGUCUAGUAUUUAUACACUCUAAGGAUUCACUCAAAAUGUUGCUGCUGAUUUGUGUACUAUCAACACCGACAUUUUAACAGUCUGUUUUCAGAUGAAUUCACUUGAAUCAUUUCACUUGUAUAAAUCAGUAGAAAUUUUGCUUUCUUUAAUAUAUCCCAGCUUGACAAUGUGUAACAAUUUGUUGACUUGAUUUUACUACAUCUACUUGCACUUGGUUUCCUAGUCGAUAUUUUAGUAAUAGAAUAUAGAUCUUUAUGCUAGAUAUGAAUGAAGGCGCCAAGAUUUAACUUUAAGUAUCAGUGAAACAUGUAACUUGGAAAGUGCUAAUAUACAGAUAUAAGUUAAAAAGUGAACUAUUUGCUAGCUCUUAUAUAACAGCAAGUUGUCAACUUAUGCAUGUACAUUGUACAGGUAUGGUAUAUUGAAUAAAAUUUUGGCAAUUUUGAA